AUGCCAGUAUUUAGACCGGACAGUUACGUUCAAUUUGCUCAACCCCUUUUGGAAGCUUUCAACGUUGAUGCACUUGGCAUCCGUAGUGAACAAGUCGCCAGAAAUCUAUAUUUUCAAUAUUCUAGCCAGCCGGUCUAUUUCAACUUGACGUAUCGCGCUCCUACAGGCUUCAUUAUAUCUGGAAUAGUUCGCUAUCAUUCCAGCUCUUCAAAGUGCCCAGAAGCUUUAAUAGUGAACGGUCAGAUGUGUGACCAAAUUGUGAUCGGUGUGUUACUUCACUCGGCGCGGGCAAAGGGUACUCAGACGACUACCUGA